UCUUUCUCUUUUCUGGAGAAUUGAGAACUGAGACAGACAGCACUGCACCCACAAAUUGGGUUUUGGGUUACUUUUGUCCUUGUUUGUCGUUAAGCAUUUGGAUUUUUUUGUUCCCAUCUGCGAAACUUUCAUUAUCGUUUACAAAAUCUCCCAUUUUUACUCUGCUGGGUUUUCAUAUUGCUCUGUUUUUCUCUGCUCCAAUAAAAGCACAACACAUUGCUGCUGUAGCUGUUGCUGUUGCUGCUGCUAAUCGUUUUGGUGGAAUAUAAGGUCGAUCUCAGCUUUGUCGACUGGGAAGAGUCGGUGGCUCGGUGGUGGGUGCCCUUUGGCGGUCACGAUUAAACUUGUGGUAGCUUUAUACUCUUCACAAAAGUUAUUUAUUAUUUGUAUCUCAUUCUCUUCAGCUUUCACUUGUUUGGGGUACUUUUAAUUUUUCAUAUUAAAUAUUGAAUUGGAUUAGAUUGGAUUGGAUUGGAUUUGGGUUCUCUUUCUCUCACUUUCUCCAUCUCCACUUUCGUGGUCGUGGAGAUAAAUAAAGGAAAUAAGAUCACUGGAAUUUCGCCGACUCUCCCAACCCACCUGCAACCUUUUUCCCUCUUUUUUCUCUUCAGUUACCAGAAAAGAAGCUACCUUCUUAUUUUUUCUUUUUUAUAAAAACUUUCUCUUUCUAUUAACAUCAUAGUAAGUAAACCCUUUUGCUCCCUUCCUUUGUUUUUUUUUUAAAUUUUAUAAAACCCAGUAUUUUCCCGGGAACUUGAUUCAUUUUCCUAGGAAAAGAAAGAAAGGCAGGCAGCGGAAAGAUGGAAGGGGUAUGGUUUCCCAAGUGGGUCUUUCUUUUGGUUGUGUUGGGUUGCUUGUGUCUCUCUGGUUGUGUUGUUGAAGGUCUUGGUGUGAAUUGGGGAACCAUGGCAACCCAUGAGUUGCCGCCUGAGACAGUGGUUCAGAUGUUGAAGGACAACGGGAUUCAGAAGGUGAAGCUUUUCGAUGCAGAUGAGUCUACUAUGAGUGCCUUGGCUGGCAGUGGUCUUGAGGUCAUGGUUGCUAUACCUAAUGACCAGCUUGCUGUCAUGGCCACCUAUAAACGGGCCAAAGAAUGGGUCCGCAGGAAUGUUACCCGCUACAAUUUCAAUGGAGGAGUUAACAUCAAGUAUGUAGCAGUUGGUAAUGAGCCUUUCCUCACAUCCUACAAUGGUUCAUUCCUGAAUGUCACGUUCCCAGCACUUCAGAACAUUCAAAAUGCCCUUAAUGAAGCUGGAGUUGGAGAUUCGAUAAAGGCUACUGUGCCCUUAAAUGCAGAUGUUUAUAACUCACCAGAGAGCAACCCUGUUCCAUCUGCAGGAAGGUUCCGGAGUGAUAUCAGUCCACUGAUGAUCGCUAUUGUCCAGUUCUUGGCCAAAAAUAAGGCUCCUUUUACUAUAAACAUCUACCCUUUCCUGAGUCUAUAUGGCAAUGAUGACUUCCCAUUUAACUAUGCCUUCUUUGAUGGGGAUACCAAUCCCAUUGUUGACGCCACCACUGGGAUUCAAUACACCAAUGUCUUCGAUGCUAAUUUUGAUACCUUGGUCUCCUCCUUGAAAGCAGUGGGAUUUGGGGAUAUGACCAUUGUGGUAGGAGAGGUGGGAUGGCCGACAGACGGGGACAAGAAUGCCAAUACAGGUAAUGCUUACAGAUUUUAUAAUGGGCUUCUACCAAAACUUGGAACCAACAGAGGCACGCCACUGCGACCUGGAUAUAUCGAAGUUUACUUGUUUGGACUGAUUGAUGAGGAUGCAAAGAGCAUUGCUCCAGGAAGUUUUGAGCGUCAUUGGGGAAUUUUCAGAUACGAUGGACAGCCCAAAUUCCUUGUCGAUCUUUCUGGCCAGGGUCAAAACAAGUUACUAGUGCCUGCGAAGAAUGUGCAGUAUCUUUCUAAAAAGUGGUGUAUGUUUAACCCAAACGCCAAAGAUGUGACCAAACUGGCAGAUAAUAUAAAUUAUGCUUGCACCUAUGCAGAUUGCACAGCACUGGAAUAUGGUUCUUCUUGCAACAAUUUGGACGCCAACGGCAAUGCUUCGUAUGCAUUUAAUAUGUACUACCAGGUUCAGAACCAGGAUGAUCUGUCCUGUAACUUCGAAGGUUUGGCUACGAUGACAACACAGAACAUUUCACAAGGGAAUUGCAAUUUCAUCAUUCAGAUUGCAACUUCAUCUACAUUUUCUCUAAGACCCUCGUUGGUAGGCCUACUACUAAUGUCACUGUCAGCUUUGAUGUUGCUAUAGAUUUUUGUAGAUAGCUCAGAUGUACUCUUGUAAUCCAUUUUUUUCUUUUGGCUUCAUGGAUUCUGUGGCCUUCUGGGAUUAUUUUAGUUUUACUGAUUAAUUUAAUAAAAUUUCACAGGAUUUUCUAUUAUC